AUGAUGCAGAUCAGCAGCGACUCCGCCAGCAACAAGCACUCUCUUAUCAACGUCAUGCACCGCUUCAUAGCAGCUGCCAACAACAUGGAUGAGACCAUCAUGGUGCCCAGCCUGCUGCGGGACGUGCCCCUGGAGGAGCAGGGGGCCAACGAGGUGGAGGCCAAUAACAAUAACAACCCUGAACCGCCAUGUCCCAACAAGCAGAGGGACAUGUAUGAGCACUACCUGCUCCUCAAGUCCAUAAAGAAUGACAUGGAGUGGGGCCUGCUAAAGAAGGAGAUGAGCAGCGGCGCCAGCUUCCUGGAGAUGGCAGUGAAACAGGAGGAGGAGCAGCAGCAGCAGCAGCAGCAGCCGCCGGUCACCGGGGAUCUGCUCCCGGAUGACAACUCUGAUCUGGAGUAUCAGUUUCACUAUCACCUCAGAGGACUGUUUGGAGUUCUGUCCAAACUCACAAUGCAAGCAGACCACCUCACCAACAGAUACAAGCGGGAAAUUGGGGGAGGAAACUUCAUGAGAUAGAAGUCUGUUUUCUUUUUGCACCAUGCCACCUCCACCCUGACUGCUUGACUUGCAACAAUGGGAUGUGUUGAGAAGACCCCCCUGUCCCCCUCCCAUCUCUUCGCACUAGAUCUCAAUGGACAGUGAACUGACCAGGGCAACCACUUUGUGACUUCUCUCACUCCUGUGUAGCUACACUCCAGCAUCCCUCAACAAACCUGAAACCAGUGAUGCCUGCACACGCCAAAGCUGCACCUGUUUUGUCAGUGCAGAGGUUGACGUUUUGUGCUCGGUGGAGGUUAAUUGAAUCUGUUCCCAAGUCCUAAUGAAGCACAGCUCUGGUUCGUGCAGAAACGUUGCACCCCCCACCCCCCACCCCACCCUUGUCUUGACAUGAACAUGAAUCUGUCACCAGAAUUGAUGUCUGAUUUGUGAAUAAAAGGUUUGACUGUAGGAGAUAUUGAAUGCUGGUUGUUCUGUCCCUCCUUUUUAAAAUAAAUAUAUUAUUUUAAUGCUGAGCUGAAGGGCUCUUAUCCUGCAGAGGUUUUAAAUCUUUCCACUUGGUGUUACUGUAACAUGGUGUGCCUUGACUUUUUGUAUACCCUCAUGCCCUGUUCAGUUAACUCCCCCAUUGUCUGUCUGCUUACAUGGUCACAUCAAGGUGUUCAUGAUGAAAUGACUCAAUUGUUUGUCUUUGAAAAUUUCAGAAAACAGUUUUAUAUUGAAGCAGAAAUGCAGUAAAAGUGAAAUAAAUAAUUGGAAACUUUA